UGUGGGUUUAGCCAUUGGAGGCAUUUUCCUAGUCUCUUUGAACUGGUGGGAAAACUAUGCCAUGCUUUUCAACAUCGUCUUCUUCCAGAACACAAUCCAGGACAUCAAAAGGUCCCGAAACUUUGUGAACAUUGUGGCUAGCUUGGUGCGAAUUGCUGUGACCUCCAUUGUCCUUGGAGCUUAUGUGAAGCUCUCGGGACAGGACUGGUCAUCAGUGCUGGAAGUCGAAAAUUUUACUGAAACCCUCGUCUUGAGCCUCUUUGCUAUUCAGGUUCUAGCUUCAGCUCUGUGUCGCUACAUGACCGUGGUUGCAUGCAAAAUGCACGCUGUGCGCCGCAGCUUCCUUAUUCCCAUGAUCUUCACUUCUCCUGCCACGGUGGGGGCCUUCGCUCUGGCUAUCUGGAUUCCAGUUAGCUAUCAACAGAAUGCUUCAUUUUCUGACUACUGUAGCACCUUUACGAUUGUGCCAAAGCCAGGACUUGACGUUGUGAGACUGUUGCUGAGUGAUUUAACUCGUGGCAUGUGUCACCAUAUGUUGGACAACAAUACUUCGGUGGGAUUUGGUCUGCUUGGAUUGUCUCUGGUUAGCUGGUGGCUCGGUCUGGUGCUCUGCACACUCUACAUCUGGUUCUUGAACAUGGGACGUAUUGCCAGGACGAAGGAUCUGUUUGUGUGUGACAUUUAUGAAGCAGCGUUCAUUGAUCAGUCCAUGCUCCUGAACACCAAGUUUGAGAUUGUGCUUCAGCCAAAACAAACCAGGGAACAGGAGAAGGUGACCAUCUACCUCUGUGCAACCAUGUGGCACGAGACUGCAGAUGAAAUGCUGAAGAUGAUCAUCUCGAUGUUCAGGCUGGACAAAUUCCGACCAAAGAAAAACCAAUUUAACGAUGUUGUUUUUGAGUCUCACAUUUAUUUCGACGAUGCUUUUCUGACCAAAGACAACAAGCGAUGUGUCAACGAGUAUGCCGAGAUCCUGGUGGAAGUCAUCAGAGAAGUUUAUGUCAUAUUCACAGAAGAUAGCAAAAGUGUAUUUAGGAACAGAAAGCUGCUUCCAGACCAGAAAAUCUUCCAGACGCCGUAUGGCUGCCGGCUGCAGUACACACUUCCUCACGGCAACUUGCUGUUUGUUCAUUUCAAGGACAAACACCAGAUUCGCCACAAAAAGAGAUGGUCUCAGAUCAUGUACAUGUACUACCUUCUUGGCUGGAGGCUGCACAAGCAAUACUAUGAGAUGUACCUGGAAGGGGAUGAGCAGCUGACAGUUAUUGAAGAUCAAUUAAAAAAAGCCAAGGAGAACACAUACAUUCUGGCUCUAGAUGGUGACACAGAUUUCCAGCCUUCAGCCGUCAUGCUUUUAGUGGAUCGGCUCAGGUUGUACCCUGAAGUGGGAGCUGCAUGUGGCAGGAUCCAUCCCACUGGCACAGGUCCGAUGGUGUGGUAUCAGAAAUUUGAGUAUGCUGUGGGUCACUGGCUCCAGAAAACAGCAGAGCAUGUGUUCGGAUCUGUGUUGUGCAGCCCGGGCUGUUUCAGCCUGAUGCGUGCAGAAGCACUCAUGAGUGACAAUGUCAUGAAGAGAUACACAACCAAAGCGACUGAGGCGUCCCAUUAUCUACAGUAUGACCAGGGUGAAGACCGCUGGCUGUGCACACUGCUCCUGCAGCAGGGAUGGCGAGUGGAGUACAACGCUGCCUCUGACUCAUACACUAAUGCGCCACAGGAGUUCAAGGAGUUUUACAACCAGCGGAGGCGCUGGGGUCCGUCCACCAUGGCCAACACUCUGGAUCUUCUUUCCAGUGGCAGUAUCACUGCACAAAUCAACAAGUCCAUAUCACGGCCCUACAUUCUGUACCAGACUUUCACCAUGGCUGCCUCAAUCUUGGGGCCAGCUACGGUCUGCCUCAUGAUUGCAGGAAGCUUUAAGUUUGUUCUGAAAAUAAACGCCAACGUUGCUCUUGUGAUGGCAGUUGUUCCUCCUGCAAUCUACAUGAUUCUCUGCUAUUGUCUUGGCCAGGCAAAAUCAAACUUACAAAUCAGCAUUGCUGGUAUCAUGAGCAUAAUCUAUGCUUUUCUUAUGACAGCAACCAUCUUAUCGAUUAUAGGGGACAUGGUAAUGCAGCAGACUUUCAUGACCCCAAGUGGCUUGUUCUUUAUUGGCAUAAUCGUCAUGUACAUUACCACGGCUCUUCUUCAUCCUCAUGAGUUCCAUCUUAUCAUCUUUGGCUUUCUUUACAUCAUCUGCAUCCCCAGUGGCUACCUGCUGCUGGCAAUUUACUCCAUGGUCAACAUGAAUAACGUGUCAUGGGGCACUCGUGAAUCUGCCAACCCGACCAGUGGUCCUGACCAGACCACAACAAAAAAUGUCAAGUGCCAGAAGCUGUUCAAAAUAUGUGGAUACACCUUUGAGUUUCAGGUGAACAAAGAAGAGAAGGUGAUGAAUACACUGCCAGAUAAUGCAUCUGAACCCCUUCUUCAGAGUGUUGAUACCGAAGUGUUCACCAAACCUAAAGAAAAACCUUUCAUUGAUAACUAUUUCAUUGAACAGUUGGCAGAAAGCUCCGGUGAACUGGCUCUUAGGGAGAACAGAUUUAACUUGGAAGAAGGAAAGUUUUGGGAGGACCUAAUUGAACUAUACCUAAAACCACUAGAGACUGAUAAAAGAAAGGAGGAAAAAAUCAAAGCAGAUCUUAAAGUUCUACGCGACAAGGCAACGUUUGUGUUUUUUAUCUGUAAUGCCCUGUGGCUUGUGGCUACUUUCUUUCUGCAAGCCAUUGGCAGCGCAGUGAGCAUCAAGAUCCCUAAAGUUUUUGCCAAUGGAACUGUUGACCCAGAUGGACAGAUAUUUAUCGACCCCAUUGGACUGAUGUUCCUCUUGAGUUUUGCAGGCCUCCUUCUUAUCCAGUUUUUAGCUAUGCUGUGGCACAGAAUCCAGACUUUAAUACACUUCAUUGCUUAUACUGGGACUGAGGCCGAGGUUAACAGGAACAUGAGAAAUCAAGCUAUGGCACUGGUCUCCGAAAAAAAUGAUGAAAAUAAUUUUCUUUAGGAGGAAAUUAAAUUGACUAAAAGCCUCGAAGUGGAUGAUCCAAAAGAUGAUAUGUGAUGGGAAACUAUUUAGCAACACACAAACCUGGCAAACCUACAAUACCAACUUAAUGUAAUUAA